UCAAUAACAUUCAAACGGUGUCGUUUUAAGCUCCGUAAAAUCUUUUGCAAUUUUCUUCGAAUCAAAACCCCUUCGUGAACCCAAAACCCUACGAACCAGUGCGAUCAUGGAUACCGACGACGAACCCUUAUCGGAGCAGCAGCAACGGAAACCGAUCAUCAGCGGCGAACAACUCGACAUCGAGGCGUACGCCGGUUUAUACACCGGCCGUACAAAAAUCUCACGGUUGAUCUUCAUUGCGGACAAAUGCGACAUCGUUUCGAUGAAGUUAGAGGCGCUUCGGAUGGCGUAUGACGAGAUUAAGAAGGGCGAGAACACGCAGUUGUUUAGAGAAGUUGUUCAGAAGAUAAAUGGGAGAUUAGGUUCGGAUUAUGGUUCGGAUGUGAGUUGGACGAGUGCCGUUGUCCGUAGGGCUGAACAGAGGAAGGAGAAACUGGAGAGUGAGCUUAAUGCUUAUAGGACAAAUUUGAUUAAAGAGAGCAUAAGAAUGGGAUAUAAUGACUUUGGAGACUUCUACUACGCUCAAGGUGCACUUGGGGAUGCUUUUAAGAACUACGUACGCACCCGUGAUUAUUGCACAACUGCAACACACAUCAUACACAUGUGUUUAAAUGCAAUUCUAGUCAGCAUCGAAAUGGGUCAGUUUGCACAUGUCACGAGCUAUGUCAGCAAAGCCGAACAAAACAAAGCUGACCUAGAUCCCAUCACAAUUGCAAAACUACAAUGCGCUGCUGGACUCGCUCACCUUGAGGCUAAAAGAUACAAACUUGCUGCCCGCAAGUUCUUGGAAACAGCUCCGGAAUUGGGAAACAACUACUCGGAAGUAAUUGCAGCUCAAGAUGUUGCAACGUAUGGCGGCCUUUGUGCUCUUGCAAGUUUUGACCGCUCAGAGCUGAAGGCAAAAGUAAUAGACAAUAUUAACUUCCGGAACUUCUUAGAGUUGGUGCCUGAAGUAAGGGAGCUUAUUCAUGAUUUCUAUUCAAGUCAUUAUGCUUCGUGUUUAGACCGCCUUGGGAACCUUAAAGCAAACCUGCUUCUUGACAUCCAUUUGCAUGAUCAUGUGGAGACACUUUAUACCGAAAUCCGUAACAAAGCCCUGAUUCAGUAUACUGAUCCGUUCGUAUCGGUGGAUCUGAACAUGAUGGCUAAUGCUUUUAAAACCACUGUAGCUGGUAUACAAAAAGAACUUGAAGCUUUAAUUACCGACAACCAAAUUCAGGCAAGAAUCGACUCGCACAACAAGAUCCUGUAUGCUCGACAUGCAGAUCAAAGGAAAGCCACUUUUCAAAGGGUUUUGCAGACGGGGGUUGAGUUUGAUCGCGAUGUUAGGGCCAUGUUAUUAAGGGCAAAUCUCAUGAAGCAUGAUUAUAAUUUCAAGGCAUCAAGGAAGAUAUAAACUCCAGAGAUUUAUGUUUAUAAUUUGGACAGGAUUUACAGGCAGCCUUUUUGUGUAAAAAACUGGUUUCUAGUACCGAAUGGUCUGGCAUGUGAUUGGUUGGUUGUAGUUAAAGUUUUGGUUUUAAUCACUAUGGUAAACAGGUA